AUGAAUUCAGGAGGAGAAUUGGUUCAAGCUAAAAAUGCAUUCAUACAUAGUAAAUUUUCUAAAAUAACAAUCGAUUAUGACAUAGGCGUCAUCUUAUUAAGAAAUCAUCUUAAUUUUACCGAAUUGAUUCAACCCCUUUUACUUGCCGAUAGUGAACCUGGAGAAGGGAAAGAAGUUAAAGUUAGCGGUUGGGGAUACGUGAAGGAAAUCGGUCCGACGUCUCGUACUUUGAGAUCUGUCGUCGUUCACAUUGUCGAUAGGAAAAUAUGCGAAGAAAAUUAUAGGAAUAAAUUUCAAAUAACUAAAAGAAUGAUAUGCGCUUGGGGUGAUAAUAAAGAUGCUUGUUUUGGUGAUAGUGGAGGACCUUUGGUCUAUAAAGGUCAAUUAUUGGGAGUUGUAUCAAGCGGUGAUGGAUGCGCAAGAAAAAAAUUCCCUGGCGUUUACACAAGCAUUCCAAAUAAAGAAAUUAAAAAUUUUAUACUUAAUAAAACGGGGAUAAGGAUUAAAAAACGAUUUAGAAAUAAAUGGUUUAAUAAUAAUAAUGAACGUACGAUUAACACAACAACAAAUAUGUUUUAUUUAUCACAAUAG